CGAAGACUACAAGCUACUUCAGAACUAUAGUAAUGAUGGCCUGAGCUAACCACCUAACCGGAAUGAAAGGUGCCCUUCCGUGUGAAAGAACACAAUGCUGAGAAGGCCAUGGCAAGUGAUUGGCGUUGUGCUUCAAAAAUUUCAGCAGUUCAACAGUAUUUUAUCUGUCAACAGUAAGCUCUUUACUUGAUUGCACCAUGAAAAAGCUGCUAAAGAGACUUGUUGAGCACAAAAGUGGACUUGAAGAACCAGAAGCCAUUGUUUUCAAAUGAAGAAUCUUGAAUAGUUUUCAGCCUCAAUGCUUUUCAAUCAGCACUGAGAUUUCGCCCAUAACAUCAGAAUGGCGAGCAGGCGAAAGUCAACAACACCUUGCAUGGUCCUGGCUAGUGAACAGGAUCCAGAUCUUGAGUUGAUAUCAGAUUUGGAUGAAGGUCCUCCAGUACUUACACCUGUGGAAAAUGCCAGAGCAGAGAGUAUCUCAAGUGAUGAAGAAGUUCAUGAGUCUGUGGAUUCCGACAAUCAGCAAAAUAAAAAAGUUGAAGGUGGCUAUGAAUGUAAAUAUUGUAGUUUCCAAACUCCAGAUUUAAAUAUGUUUACUUUUCAUGUGGAUUCAGAACAUCCCAAUGUAGUACUAAAUUCAUCUUAUGUUUGUGUUGAAUGCAAUUUUCUUACCAAAAGGUAUGAUGCACUUUCUGAGCAUAAUAUGAAAUAUCACCCAGGAGAAGAGAAUUUCAAGUUGACAAUGGUGAAACGUAACAACCAGACAAUCUUUGAACAAACAAUAAAUGAUCUGACCUUUGAUGGUAGUUUUGUUAAAGAAGAAAAUGCAGAACAAGCAGAGGCCAUAGAAGUUUCUUCUUCAGGAAUCUCUAUCAGUAAAACACCUAUCAUGAAAAUGAUGAAAAAUAAAGUAGAAAACAAACGGAUUACAGUCCAUCAUAACUCAUCUGAGGACACCCCUGAGGAGAAAGAAAAUGAAAUCAAACCAGACAGGGAAGAAAAGGUAGAAAAUGCAAAUUCUUCAGCUCCAGAAUCUAACACCAGUACUUCCGUUGUAAACAGAAUACAUGCAAAUACUGGCAACACAGUGGUGACCCCCGCAGCAGUUCUUCCUGGGCUAUCACAAGUCAUAACCGCCGUGUCUGCUCAGCAGAACUCAAACCUGAUUCCCAAAGUCUUAAUCCCUGUUAAUAGCAUUCCUGCCUACAAUGCUGCACUGGACAACAAUCCUCUCCUACUGAACACCUACAACAAAUUCCCUUAUCCAACAAUGUCAGAGAUUACCGUUCUUUCGGCUCAAGCAAAAUAUACAGAGGAGCAGAUCAAGAUAUGGUUUUCAGCUCAACGCCUAAAACAUGGUGUUAGUUGGACUCCUGAAGAAGUAGAGGAGGCGAGAAGAAAGCAAUUCAAUGGGACAGUGCAUACUGUACCUCAGACCAUAACUGUCAUCCCGACCCACAUUUCCACAGGGAAUAAUGGUUUACCAUCUAUUUUACAGACGUGUCAAAUAGUUGGUCAGCCGGGUCUGGUCCUUACUCAAGUAGCUGGAACAAACAGCUUGCCAGUAACAGCACCCAUAGCCUUGACAGUGGCAGGGGUUCCAAAUCAAACAAGUGUCCAGAAAAGCCAAGUCCCUGCUGCUCAGCCUGCUGCAGAAACAAAGCCGGCCAGUGCAGCACUUCCACCCCCCCAGAAUGCCAAACCCGAAACUACGCUGGCAAACCCCGAUUCAUUUGGUAUUCGGGCAAAAAAGACAAAAGAGCAACUAGCAGAACUAAAGGUUAGCUACCUUAAAAGUCAGUUUCCCCAUGACUCAGAAAUUAUCAGACUCAUGAAAAUAACAGGGCUCACAAAAGGUGAGAUUAAAAAAUGGUUUAGCGACACAAGGUACAACCAGAGAAACUCAAAGAGUAACCAGUGCUUACAUCUCAACAGUGAUUCCUCAGCCACCAUUAUCAUAGACUCCAGUGAUGAGACCACAGAGCCCCCACCUGUGGCGACCUCGCAGCCUAAACAAUCCUGGAAUCCCUUUCCCGACUUCACGCCCCAGAAGUUUAAAGAAAAAACCGCAGAACAACUUCGGGUCCUUCAGGCAAGUUUUCUCAACAGCUCCACACUUACAGAAGAAGAAUUAAAUAGGUUAAGAGCACAAACCAAACUUACGAGAAGAGAAAUUGAUGCUUGGUUUACAGAGAAGAAGAAAUCAAAAGCUUUAAAGGAAGAGAAAGUAGAAAUAGAUGAAAGCAAUGCAGGUAGUUCCAAAGAAGAAGCUGGGGAAACUUCUCCCCAAGAAGAAUCGAUCACCCCCAAGUCAGGGAGUACGGGCAAGAUAUGCAAGAAAACCCCUGAGCAGUUGCACUUGCUUAAAAGUGCGUUUGUUCGAACACAGUGGCCAUCACCUGAAGAGUACGACAAGUUGGCGGAAGAAAGUGGACUUGCCAGGACAGACAUUGUUAGUUGGUUUGGCGACACCCGUUACGCGUGGAAAAACGGAAACCUGAAGUGGUACUACUACUAUCAAAGUGCCAGUUCAGGCAGAAUGAAUGGUCUAUCUUCCCUUAGGAAAAGAGGGAGAGGGAGACCCAAAGGCCGUGGAAGAGGAAGACCUCGGGGGCGACCCAGAGGCGGCAAAAGAAUUAACAACUGGGACCGGGCACCGUCAUUGAUAAAAUUUAAAACUGGAACUGCCAUACUUAAGGAUUAUUACCUGAAGCACAAAUUUCUUAAUGAGCAAGACCUGGAUGAACUUGUCAACAGAUCACACAUGGGCUACGAGCAGGUUAGAGAGUGGUUUGCAGAAAGACAGAGACGAUCCGAGUUAGGUUUAGAAUUAUUUGAGGAAAACGAGGAGGAAGAGGAAGUUGUUGAAGAUCAGGAAGAGGAUGAAGAAGAGACAGAUGAUAGUGAUACUUGGGAACCCCCACGACAUGUGAAGCGGAAGCUUUCUAAAUCGGAUGACUGAAGUGUCUGCUUAAAAUGUUGAAGGAGAAUUAAUUCUUCAACUCAAGAUGUCUGAGUUACUGUGAAUGGGGCCAAUCUUUGGUGACACUGAGAAAUGUUACAAGGCAUACGCACUCUGAAAAAAAACAGGAUCCAGUAUCCAAAAGAAAUGGACUUAAUGUGCCAAAGUUAAACUACUGCAGUUGGCGGAAGUUCUGCAAUGUAAAUAGAACACUAAUGAAAAAACAACUUGUAAAAAUUCAGAUUUUAGUACAGUUCGUUUUUAUUCUGCUAGGAUGGAAACAUUCUGAAUCUUCAACUUUCUGAAGGGGGUUGAUGACCACUAGCACUUCUCAUUUUCAGUGCAGCUUACUGCUUUGUGUCUAGUUAAGACAGGCUGGACUGCCCACAUUCUUCCAUAUAUGAUGAAGCUUGGAGCUUUUGAGUGACCAAACAUUUUACAGAGUAAAAAUUACUUAGAAAUGGGAGAGAAAAAAAUGCUGAUUUAUUUCUGUGAAUUAUUUAUUUGUCUCUGCACCAAGACUAAAAGUUGUACAAGGGCUUAAAAAAUUUCAAGUGUAAAAAUAUACACAUACUGGAAGAGAAAGAUUUGUGGUAUCACUGGCCCUUAAGGAUUAGAUCUUCCAUUAAGCACACUCAUGGGGACCACUAUUUCUACUUAGAAUAUGUGAUUUUUGUCAUUAGAUGCGAAUUUGCUUUGUACUAAGCUAAAAAUGCCGAAGAAGUAAAAAAAACUGGUGUAAGUUGAAUAGAGUGAAAUACCAUGCCAAAAAAUGUGAAAAAGAAUCAUGUAGUAAAAUACUUGGAGGGGGAUGGCUUUUUUUUUUUUUUUACAAUCAUGUGGAAAUCAGGAAUGUUCAUAUUGGAUCAGAAUUUUCAAGAAAUUACCUUUCAGUGGAAUUCCACCUUGUGUAACACUUUCAGGGAUUAGAGGGAAAAAAAAUUCUGAACUGAUCCCAAUGAGUUAAAAGUUAGCUUUUUACUUAGAAUCAUGGGAAUGCUGUGAACUCUUGCUGUUAUCAGGAGACUGAAGGUUCACAGGAACUUACAACUUUGUAAAGACAGGUGCUGUUCAUCCCCGGUAAGAAGGACCUUCUCCUUUCAUAGGACCACUUUGCAUAAUGGGCUUUCUUCAUAGAGGAAAUGUUCAGAUUCAUUAGCUUUGAAUUUUUAAAAUGUUUUUCUGAAUGAUCACAUGUAGUGGGCUUGGCCAGUUUAUCUAAUUUAAUGAAUAAUAAACAUUAAGCUCUUGGUUAAAUGUCAGCUAAUGAAAAUGUUAUGAAAAAGCAUGCUGCUUUCAUUUUUAUAAACUUUUUAUUUUUUAACGAUAGCUUUAUUAGUAACUCCAAAUGCUGCAAUUUAGCUGAUUCUUCCCUCAGACAGCUGGCUUUGUGGGUGGCUUUUUUCAUACUACUGGUAACUUUUUUAAAAGAAGCAAUGUAAAGACUGUAACAAUUGAAUGCACUAAACUGUUUUUUUCUUUUAUAUAUUCAGAACUUCUUAAAGCACUCUGUAUUAUAAUGAUUAAAUUGCUCCCUUUUUUAAAACCAUUGCUGAUGUGGUCUGAGUUUUGUUUGGCAGUAAUUUUUAUGUUUUCAAAAAUCUGAAAUGUCAAGUAUUAGAAAUGAAGCCUUUGAAUAUAUUUAUAUUAUGUUUCCCUUGUAAUAUGUUAACUGUAUAGCUGUAAACAACUACUAAUACAACUUCCCAUCACUUUUAUAGGUUUGAUGAAAUUCUGCUCUGAUGUUCGCUAGCUUUAAAUAUAUUUAUUUGACAGAGCAACAGAACCUUUCCCUCCUGGUUGACUGUGACCUUGAAUACAAAAUAAAAGCAGUGAUGAGUAGUUUUCAGUGA